AUGCUGGCCCCGACGCUGAUCCCGAAUCGGGCCGUAACCGUCGUUGCCGUUACGGCCCAACCGGAGCUUGUUCAACGACAGAUGGUCAUCACUCAGACCAUCACAUAUCCUGCCUCCACUCUCACAACCGUUGUGACACUGGGUCGCGGCGGCGAGUCCACUGCGGUACUGGGAGCCACCACAGCACCGGCGGCCCCCGUCUCAGCUAGCACAUCGUCACAAGGCCUAACGCCAGAGCAAAUCGGCAUCAUUGUAGGCUGCUGUGUCGGCGCAGCAGUAUUCGUUGUUUUACUCUGGUGCUGUUGCACUGCGGUGAGAAGGAGGCCAGGUUCAGACACAAGCGAUGGGGAUAGCUAUUAUAGCCAUGACGAAGUCCGGGUUCCCGUGAUGCCUGAGCCGCCGCGGCGGAUGCGCUGGCCAGAAUGGCGUACAAGACCGCCACCGGUGGUACCGACUUACCGCGCGCUACCUAUUGGUCCGCGAUACACAGCGAACAGAGCGUCUGCUCGCGCUAGCACUACCUACGUUCGAAGAUGA